AUGGGAGCAAAUCAAUCUCAUCGAGAUGCCGAAGAGCAUGAGGAUUCUGAGGAUUCUGAAGACUACCAGUGUUCUUAUUUGGAAGAUUAUCCGAAUCCACUUGGACGAUUCAAGUCAUCAUUUAUAAUCAACGGAAUUCGGGAAAAAAUUGAAAAUCGCCACAAAGAUCCUACUAUUUUAACAACACGGUGUCGCAGAGGGAAAAUCGGGCUAUCAUAUUCUAUUAGCAUGCCAAUUAACGAUACAAGACUAAAGUUUCAUGUGUAUUGCAAAGCGUAUAAUGUGAGUCAAGACUGGACGGUGAAGGGAGAAGUUUUAUGUAUUUUUCACAACUGGCAAAACGAGGAAGAGGAUUCAGUUGUGCUCACGGAUGCAGUUUUCGAGAAAAAAAGCGGAAGAAUUCCGCAUAGAGUGAUUUCAGAGAUGACUUAUGAUGAGCUGCUAAAUGAGGAUAAUGGUUUUGUGAAGAAUGAUUCGAUCUGGGUUGAGGUGGAUUUUGAAGUGGAGGAAGUCAUUGGAUUCUAUCGACCGAUGGUUUUUAAUUGGCGCCAGGAGGCAGAGACAGAGAAAAAGGGGCUGGAAUUGGAGCUACGUCAUUUUAAUGAGAGUUUUUACUGCAGUAAAGAGAUUCUAUCUUUUCACACCGAGAGCACUAAGUAUUUGGAAAUUGGAAUGGAAAUACGAGACGAUUAUUGCUUUCCAUUAGACACGUUUCUUGAUGUUGUUCAUGGAUUUCCCGUUUUUGGAAAUGGACGGUGUUUUACGCAGAUAUCGUACAUGGCACACACUUAUAGAGCGCCGAACGUACUGAAACGAAUGGAAACUCAGGCUAUGCGUCGACCAAAACACCAUAUGCGGACUAACGAUGCAAUAAAAUACAACUGGAGAAGAGUUGUUCACACCUGGCUGGCUAGCCUGGAGAAGAUCGAGAAAGCGGACUUCGAGAAGUUGGAUAUUGAAAUGAUGUCGGGGGAAAUAAUGAAGGCGAUUGUGAAGAGAAUAGUUUAUUUGAGUGAUCACUCUUACUAG